GCCUGCUGCAUACUUUCAGUCGGCCGCUGAACUCGGCGUGCGCCGUUACCAGGUGGGAGCUGUUUUACGUUGCGGAUGUGUAUUUACCUUUUUUAUUCUGACAGAAUAAAAGUAUUCGUUACCGCGUUAUCGGGUUUUUUUAAAGAAAACGGCUAAAGAGUAAGACCCUCGCGUACGCGUGUGACACCGUGAAUUAUCGCCGUUGUUAGUUUUUGUUUUUAUUCUCGUUUCGAUAUCGGUUGGUUACAAUUGUUAUUAUUACCAAGGUCCGCCUGAUCUGCAGUUUAGCUAACUAAACGCUAGCUUUUUUGGGAUUUCUUUGAACCUCCACGAACCACGAAAACAUCUUUCAACUAUAUUCUCUACUAGAACUCCGGUUUCUACCGAGGAACGGAAGCGUCGCCGGUGCGGUGUUUUCAAAAUAUCCUGCAUGAUUAUGACCGAAGUCUGCCACACUUGCCUUACGUCGUGAUUCAUCUGAGAAAAUAAAUGAAUUAAUAAGAAUCGUCAAGGUCCGUCCUCAAGUCACUGCCAAUAUAACGAGAAAAUAAAAGCGAAAUAGCGAAAUCGAUCGUAGGAAUAAUAAUAUAGCUAUAAUAAAAUAAACGGGGGAAAACAAUUGAAAAAAAAAUAAAAAAAAAUAUACCCAUAAUCGAAAAAUGAUACUGCCAAAAACAAUAGAGUCUGAAGUCGAUGUAACAAUAACCGUUAAAAAUAAAUCAAAUUUCGAAGAACCUAGAUAAAGGGGCGACCAAAGAAAAACUUGAGAAAUUAAAUGAACUUGAAAUACGACGGUAUUCGAGAUGCUAGGAGUGAGUCAACCCACAAAUCCACCGUCGAGUCUGAGACACUCGGCGAGUUUCUCGUGCCUCCAGAGAGGCGCCGGAGAAGGUCAUAGGGCCAGGACGUCCACUUUACCCCAACAACCGAACCCCACGCAGAUCAACGGAGUAUCCCAAUACGUCGGAUUGAGCGGUCUUCAGCACUCCGCGACCUCCUCGCCGGCCCACAAGUCGAGCGAUUCGAACGACGAUCAUCUUUUGCAAGUUCAAGAGUCGAACGAAUACGGAUUCGCGAGGACGAGACCGAGGCUGAGGAGCACCACGGGCGUGCUGUACGAGGAGGAGACGGUCGGUAGCUUCAGGGAAAGUCUUCACAAGGCGAAGGAUCGCGAUAUCGAAGUAACGCCGAUAAAAGGCCGAGAUUAUCCGAAGAAUUUCGUAUCGAACAAUCCGCUGCGGGGAGCCCUGAACCUCCUCACCACGUCGACGUCGUCCUGGUGGAAGUUCAGACCCCGCGACGAUAUACUGAACACGUCGAACGCGUCGGCGGUAUCGACGCCGGACCGGAAAUGGUCGAGCGGUUCGACCGUGACCUCGACACCGAACGAGGCGAAGUGUUCGCCUCUGCAAUCGUCGGCUUCGAACCUAUCCUCGAACGCGAAUAGCGAGAGGAAAUGGUCGUUGAAUUCGUCUUCCGCCACACCGUCGGUAGCGUCGCCCGGAAACGAGAGAAAAUGGACGACGGGCUCCUCGGCCUCGUCGGCCUCCAGUCAGGAUCGAAAAUGGCGAUCGUUGGGCGCGUUGCUCAGGACUCCCGUCGGAAACUCCCAUCAGGUCCAGAAUUCAUUUUCGCAGCACGGAAUCGGGACCCCCGGAUCGCCGGGUACCGAAACCUCGAGGAUCGACCCCAGGGACUCGCUGCCGAACUCCGCCUCGAAGGUCACAAAGGUCACCAGGGUCUCUCACCACCCUCAAAAUUCGUACUCGGCGAGGACCUCGAGGACGUCACGCGAACUUUACAGAGAGAGCUGCGAGUUCACCGUGCCGCAGUCCUCCGAAAGGUCGAAGGUCAGUCGACGUCUCUAUCAGGAGCAACAGAGCGUCGAGGCGAACGGCGAAACGGAGGAAGUGGUUCAGGAUCAUCAGCGGGGCUCGUCCUCGGGCACGAGAUCGAACAGAGCCCAGAGUUUUUAUCUCCUCGACGAUUUUCUGCGCCCUCAGCCCGGGCCGACCUCUCUGUCGCACUCUUACACCUCCUCGUCGUCGUCGUACGUGCCCACCAGUACCCUUCGGAACGGCGUUGACUCGGUUAAGCACUCGACGCACCACGGGAUCGUCGGUAACGUUAUCAGCAACGUCACGCCUCCUCGGAGGCAUAACUCAAGUUCCGACAGUCUGGAAGUUGCUACGAGUCCUUUACCCCCACCUGUACCGCCACCUCCGCCGCAAAUCAGCACAAAGGAUCAAUGGCGGGACAGCAGGGCGAAUGAAAAUAAUAUUAGAGAGAAGGAAUUAUGCCCUUGUAGAAUGUGCCGGACGGCUAGACACCAGAAAUCCUUCGCCGAGGAGGUGAGUAGCCGUCGUCGCAAACAUCCCUCGUCUCCACAUAUCUCGGUGGUUGAUAGAAGUCCGGGAGCGUUGCACAAAGAUGUUGGUGGAGGUGGGACGAAGGCUGGAAGCAAGACGGUCGUUGGCGUCGGUGGGGUCGGUGGAGUCGGAUCGGCAACCCUUACCUCGCUGUCGUCGAUCAACAAUUCGAAUAACGCUAGCCGAACUAAGAAUAAAUCAGUACCGCACGAGAAAUUGACUUCUCUGGGAUUAGCCAAAGCAACGAGACUUGAGAGACAUGAUAACAAUAACGGCAACAAUGGUAACAAUGCAAACAAUUCUACCAUCAAUAACAACCACAAUAUGCUCCAUGAUCCUCUACACGCAGGCACUCAUUUCGACGCUUACGGGAGGAGAUUGCCCAUGACCCCUCAGGAGGCGCUCAAAUAUUAUGGGGCCAGAAUGACGGAAUUUGAGAGGGCGGAGGUGGAGAAAUAUUCUGAAAUUUGGUACUUGGGAUUAGAGGCAUGCAAAAUACACGGAGAGGAAGGCGCGACACAAAACGGUGGUUACGAUGACGACAACGGGAGCUAUAAUAAGGUCUUACACGACCAUAUCUCAUACAGGUACGAGAUACUUGAGGUCAUUGGUAAAGGUAGUUUCGGUCAAGUAAUCCGAGCGCUGGAUCACAAGACAGGGCAGCACAUCGCUAUUAAAAUUAUUAGAAACAAGACGAGGUUUCACCAUCAAGCUCUUAUCGAAGUAAGGAUCUUGGACCAUUUAAGAAAGAAAGACCAAGAAGCUCACACUUCUCAUAACGUCAUUCACAUGCUGGAGUACUUUUACUUCAGGAAUCACUUAUGCAUCAGCUUUGAACUCAUGAGUUUGAACCUCUACGAAUUAAUAAAGAAAAACAACUACCAAGGUUUCAGUCUGAGCCUGAUCAGACGAUUCGCAAAUUCGCUUAUACAGUGCCUAAGACUGCUGCACAGAGAGAACAUCAUUCAUUGUGAUCUGAAACCUGAAAACGUCCUUCUCAAACAACGGGGAAGCAGCUCAAUCAAAGUGAUCGAUUUCGGAUCGUCAUGCUACAGCCACCAACGUGUUUACACUUACAUACAAUCGAGGUUUUACAGAAGUCCAGAGGUAAUUCUCGGACUUCCCUACGGCACACCGAUCGACAUGUGGAGUCUGGGCUGUAUUUUGGCUGAACUCUACACGGGGUAUCCACUUUUCCCCGGUGAAAAUGAAGUGGAACAACUUGCUUGCGUAAUGGAAGUUCUAGACCUGCCACCGGAGCAGCUAAUCAGUCAUGCUUCGCGACGCAGACUCUUUUUCGAUUCAAAAGGAAGCCCUCGGUGUUUGACGAAUAGCAAGGGAAAGAAGAGGUGGCCUGGAAGCAAGAACGUUGCUGUAGCCUUACGUUGCAAAGACAGACUUUUCGUGGACUUUGUUAGCAGAUGUCUAGAAUGGGACGCAAAGAAGCGUAUGACACCGCAAGAAGCCUUGUGUCACGAGUGGUUGAAUAGUUCUUCAUCUUCAAACCUCAGUUCUUCCAUGGCGAUGACCUCCUCUGUCGUAAGUUCGGUGGUCAGUACGGUGGUCGAACCUCCUCAGCCAGCUCACGCGAAAACUGUAACUGUUACCGCACCUAGGCAGCGAGCGACGACGAUGGAGGAUCCACAGCAGCAAUAUUCCCUCUACAGAUUGUACAGGGGGAAAAAAUGCGUAUCGAAAAUAUCAGCGCCGAUCGACACCACGGAUGGAAACACCCUUGGGGUGAAAAGUAAACUUAACGGAUCUGCCAGUAGCCACGCAUUAGCAAGUGGUGUUCAACCGACUGCUCCUAGACACGCAUCUACAGGUGACAUAGUUGCAAGUUUAGACCCAAAUUUAGAUGACUCUGGCACUUUCUUGCCUCCGAUAUUGUGAAGCCAGGUAUGCGCUAGCCACUUUUAAACGUCUCGUUUCAAAAUUUUUUUUUUCCAACCAUCCAAACUCGCAACUCGUCCUCGUCGUCGUCUUCAUUGUAUUCUUAUUGGUUUCUUUUACUUUAAAAUAAAAGUUAUUCAACUAGAUGAUGUUUGAAGGAACUUGGUACGUCGUACGGGUGUAGGAUAAGAAAAGAGUGGAGAAAAUAAUAUAGACGGAUGAAAAUGGCCAGCGGCUGGCUAAUGAUUAUAACGUGCAACAUUUUGAUUGCACUAGAAUUACUGCCGUAGUUGCCCGCAGUAAUGAGCAAUUUUGAGUAACAGCUAAUGAGCUAUGAGGCCAAAAUAAUUACAUAAAAACUAAAAAAGGGGCAAAUAUAUACAUACUGAAACAUCGACUGUGACGUGUCCUAAGUAUAAAAUAGUGAAAAUUGAUGCAUAGAACUCGGAUAUGCGAACGUGCCGCAAACGAAUUCAUGGUCACAAACUACAAGCCGAAUAACGCCUAAUAGCGCACGCGUCUCCUCAAAAUGUGACAGAUGGUUUCGCAGAAAAAAUAAUCUACGUAGAGUUAAUGAAAACUACUCGAAUAUAUUAUACAUAUAACAAGCCUAAAGUGAUUAUGUAUCCAGAGUUUAGUGUUUUGAAUGCUAUUAAAUCAGUGGUCGACUGAUUGCGUGCAUACAUGCAUACACACAUGAAUGAAUAUAACAAAAUUUUCAAAAGGAAAAAUAAAUAAAUAAAUGAAUACUUACGCGAUUUUAUAACACACAGAUGUAUGUAUAAUUUCGACAGCGGGAUCUCAUUACAGUGCAAGCAGAUUUUUUGAAUCUUAUUUCAUUCUAAUUUUUUAUUUUCUCAUUUGUAGUAUGUUUAUGUUACCGGCAAUGACCGAAAUUAGAGAAUUUCGACUUUCACCGGUGAAUGUCAACAGAUACCAAAUACGUCGGUCGGAAAGAUCGAAUAUUUCAUUACAUUGUUGUACAUUCGGACCCUCUACGCCCUAAGGUGUGCGUCGACAUGAUCUGCAUGGUGAAUGUCAACAUCUACCGGUUUGAGUCAGAAAUAAGGGUAUUUAGCAAAUAUUUCGGACGUACACUAAUCGACUAUGUGAAUGUUGACAUUCACCGGCGAAAGUCGACAUUCUCCGGAUUUCGGUGUUUCACAGUAACAUUUAUACUAUUCCCAUGGAACAACAACUAGUUUUAUCCGGCACUCAAGUUCAGCAAGAAUGCAGUAACAUAAU